AGUCUGUGUUGUUAUUUCUCGCUGUUGCUCAGUAUCCUUUAGUCCGCGUUCUCGUGAAGAAGUAAAGAACAAAGCUCCAACGGAGAAAAAAACACAUUUAAUUAGUCAUAAAAACGACAGAUAAGUUUGCUAUCAGUUUUCCGGGCGUACUUUUGUGGCAAUUUUAUCUGCAACUGGAUUUAAUUUUAACUUUUGUGACUCAAAAUAUGGGCGUUUAGAUAAAAUAAAAUUCAAAUAAUUUAUACUACAUAACCUAUCAAAACAUUGCUUGAUUCAUUCGAUCACUCAUUUGAAGUCCAUUUAAGUCAUAAUUUAAUCAGAAUUCGUUUUGUAUUAAAAAUGCGACAAAAACCAAAAAAUUUCCUGUUUCUGCUCAUUUUUUGCGCUUUCUCGCAUUGCUUUGCUGCUGAUAUUUCUCAGGUUCGCACAUAUCCUGAAAAUCUUUCGUGCGAAUUUGAGCGAACUAUCAACAUCACAGAUGGCAAAUUGCUCGUCGAUAAUUCAUGGGAGCAUGAUGGCUUGAAAUACGGUCUUGGAUUCUAUGCGAAGUUCAAUUAUACCUUUAAUAACAAGAAGAAAGUUCCUGUACCCGAACAUGUAAGAGGUUGCAUUUGCUUGUUGAAGCCUUGUAUCAUGGCAUGUUGCCCGGAUCGUCGAAUGGUGAAAAAUAAUGCAACAAACAAUUGUGCUUCGGAGCAAUUUGAAACACUUUUGUGGGAUGUUGGAUUAGAAAAUGAAGAACCCGUAAAAACAGAUGUUGCUAAAGCUUUUCAUUGGUCAUUUAAUCGAUUAGGAGAUUGCGCAAAAAGUUAUUUAGACCCUCAAAACUUUGAAUUUGAUCAAUGGUAUCUUGGAGCGAAUGGCUCAAUAUAUUUACCUGAUGAAGACAAUUUCCUAACUUACAAUGAACAUUGUGUCGCAGUGGACCAACAAACGCAAAAAGUUCUCGUUCUUCGCUGUUAUGAUCCGCAACCUCCAGAUGCCCGUUAUUCCAUGUUAGGAAUUGGAAUGUUGUUGUCAGUUCCAUUUUUAAUUGUUACAUUUAUUGUUUACGCUGUAAUUCCGGAGUUGAGGAACGUUCAUGGCAUGUCGUUGAUGAGUUACGUCGGGAGUUUGACUGUUGGAUAUACUGUUCUCGGUACUGUCCAGAUUUUGGGCUCGAGAAAAGAGUGUCAUGAUGGCACAUCGCAAUGCUUCAAUCCAUACUUUUGUACAAUAGCUGCGUAUAUUAUUUAUUUCUCGUUCAUUGUCAGUUUUUUUUGGUUGAAUACUAUGUGUUUCGAUAUUUAUUGGACUUUUAGAGGGGUUCGUGGAAGUACAAGCGCUAAAAAGAACUUCAUAUAUUACUGCAUUUACGCAUGGGGCUUGGCAAUGUUUUGUACAUUGUUCUCAUUGUCUAUGGAUAUCUCAGGAAUUCCUGAAAAGUAUAAGCCUGGAAUGUAUUUCACUCAAACUUGUUUCUUACAACAUGAACAUAUUUCGGAAUUCAUAUACCUCUAUUCGAUCUUGCUGAUUUUAAUUUGCAUGAAUAUCACAUUUUUCGGAGUCACUGCCUAUCGUAUCAAAAAGGUGCAAUCAGAAACUGCCGCUGUAGUUGAUGCUGAAAGUAGUCGUCGUCAUUCGCGACAUCAAUAUGACAAUUAUCGUUUUAUGUUGUAUUUGAGAUUGUUCGUUAUCAUGGGAGUUACAUGGAGUUGGGAAGUAAUAUCUUGGUAUGUGAGUCCUGAAAGUCCUUGGUUUUACGUGACAGAUCUCAUAAACUGCUCUCAAGGUAUUUUGAUUUUCUUGUUGGUUGUAUGCAACGAUAAGGUUCGCAAACUCGUGAUCAAGAGAUACUACAGAUUCCGAGGAAUCACGCAACCUGAAACAACAUUUUCCGAUACAAGAAGUUCAAGGAUAUCUAACUGCAGGGCUAACAGCGUACAAAUGGAACAAAGAAAUACCCUGUUGGGUGCCAAUAACAAAGACAAAGACAUUAAAGACAACCAUUCAAACAACAAUUACAUCAACAAUGAGAAGAAACAUUCGCAUUAAAAAAAAUAUUGCCAAUUACCGAGCAUACCGAAUUUAUCUAGUCACAGUCUAAACAAAGCCACAGAAUCAAAAAAUAUUAAAAAAAAACACAAAUAGAAAAUAAGAAAUCUGUGACAUUUAUUCCUCAUUUUAAAAGUGUAAUGUGUAUUUACUACUAAGAUGUUAUAUAUUGUGCCAUUUCAUUCAUCAUAUAUCGUAUACCUGUGCUUAUUAUUUUUAGAUUUUAUGUUAAUUUUGAGAUCCAAAUAUGUACUUUAAUAAA